UUUGCUUUUUAAAAAUGUUUUACCAACAUCUACGGAUAAUUCCACGUUAAUAGCGUGGCCUUCCCACCGGUUUAUUAAAACAAAAUCACCGCAUGAACACUUUGUCACAGGGAAUACAUUAAAACAAGAAAAUUGUUCCGAGGCCUUGAAAAGCCGCAAUACGGAUCUGUAAAAAUAAAAUCAGUCUCGCUGGUUCCUUUUUUUUUUUUCGGGAAUAAUGCAGAGCAGCCCUCCGGCCUUGGCCUGCCCGGAGUGACGGCGCCGAGCAGCUUUCUCAAUCCCCUUCCGCAUUUUCCUACGGCUCUAAGGCAGUGACGUGGUGCUGACGGCGGGGCUGGCGGAGCUGGGGGCCGCUGCUCGGAGAGACUCGGCCCCUCCCUCCCUGCGCCUCAGCGGCCCGCCCCGCCGACACCAGCUCCCGAUAGAGCCCAGCCCGAGUCUGGGGGAGCCGCGACGGCCUCGGGAAAGCCAGAGGACCAGGGGACGCCACCCCGCCACGAUCGCCGCACUGCUGGAUCCCACUGACAAAUGAAGUGUCAAGACAAUGGAUGAAGAUGUGACUGGGCUGGCACUGCAUCCACAAGAGCCAAAGAUCUUUUUCGAUGGGUCAGCAGAGAUGCAGGCGGCCGCCCACGCGGACGAGGGCGAGAUCGUCGUGGAGGUGCAGGAGACCGUCUUCGUGUCGGAGGCGGGCGGCGCGGGCGUGGCCGUGCACGGCUUCAGCCCCGAGGAGCUGGACCCGGUGGUCAUCCAGGACGCCAUCGAGAACGUCGUGGCCGAGUACGUGCAGUGCUCCGAGGCCGAGGGGCCGGGGGACGUGCUCAUCCCGGACGAGAUGCUGGGAAGCGACGCUCCGGCGGGGGUAUCCGCGGAGGCCUGCGUGAUUCCCGCCGGAGGCCUGUCGGAGGCGGGGGGCGUGGUGCUCCACGCCGGCACCGCUCUGGCCGACAUCCCGGUGGAGGCUCUGCAGGUGGACGUUGUUCCUGAAGAGGUCCUGGUGUCGGAAUGCGACCCUGCGGGGGCCAUCGACGCCGAGCAGGACCGGACCACCUGCGGGGACUACCUCAUGAUAUCCCUGGACGAGGCCGAUAAAAUUGUGCAGCACGGCAGCGGAGAGAUCGCCGUGGACGCAGGGGCGGAGGAGCAGACGCCCUCCCCCAAGGAGGACGGGGGGGAGGUUAUAAAGGUGUACAUCUUUAAGGCCGAGUCGGGGGAGGAAGACCUGGGUGGCACGGUGGACAUCGAGGAGAGCGAUGCGGAGCACGAGCACGGCGUUGGGCUGCUGGAGCCGUCGGGACACGGGCCGAGAGAGAAGAUGCUGUACGUGACUGUGGGGGGCUCCCAGCCCGAUGAAGAAGACCUCAAUGCGGCUGAGGUGGGGGGCGAGGUGUACAUGGAGGUGGUCGUUGGUGGAGAGGAGGCGAUGGCGCACGAGCAGCAGUACGACAACACGGUCCUGAGCAAAGACUUCAUGCCCGUGGCCUGGGCCGCGGCUUACGGUAACGACGAGAGCGAGGCCUGUGAGAACAGGAACGGGGCCGCCAGCGCCCUGCUGCACAUCGACGAGUCCGCCAGCGCUGGGAAGGGGGCGAAGCAGAAGACCAAACGCCGGAAGAAGAUUGAUGCCAGGCAGUUCCAGACAGCCAUUAUAAUCGGGCCUUACGGGCAGCCCCUGACCGUGUAUCCCUGCGUCCUGUGUGGGAAGAAGUUCAAGUCCCGGGGGUUUCUCAGGAGGCACAUGAGGAACCACCACGAGGUGCUGAACAAGAAGAAGUACCAGUGCACGGACUGCGACUUCACCACCAACAAGAAGGCCAGCCUGCACAACCACAUGGAGGUGCACAAGCUGACCGGCAAAGCCGAGAAGGCCGUCGAGUGCGAGGACUGCGGCAAGGAGUUCUCCCACGCCGGCGCGCUCUACACCCACAAGAUGGUGCACAGGGACAAGGGCGCCACCAAGAUGCACAGGUGCAAGUUCUGCGACUACGAGACGGCGGAGCAGGGCCUGCUGAACCGCCACCUGCUGGCCGUGCACAGCAAGAACUUCCCCCACAUCUGCGUGGAGUGCGGGAAGGGCUUCCGGCACCCCUCGGAGCUGAAGAAGCACAUGAGGACCCACACGGGCGAGAAGCCCUACCAGUGCCUGUACUGCGAGUACAAGUCGGCCGACUCCUCCAACCUCAAGACGCACGUCAAGACUAAGCACAGCAAGGAGAUGCCCUACAAGUGCGAGCGCUGCUUCCAGACCUUCCCGGAGGCCGAGGAGCUGCUGCACCACGCCCUCAGCCACGAGGAGGCCAAGACGCACCAGUGCGCCCACUGCGACCACAAGAGCUCCAACUCCAGCGACCUGAAGCGGCACGUCAUCUCCGUGCACACCAAGGACUACCCGCACAAGUGCGACGUCUGCGGCAAGGGCUUCCACCGGCCCUCCGAGCUCAAGAAGCACAUGGCGGCGCACCGCAGCAAGAAGGUCCACCAGUGCCGGCACUGCAGCUUCAAGAUCUCCGACCCCUUCGUCCUCAGCCGGCACAUCCUCUCGGUCCACACCAAGGACCAGGCCUACCCCGGCAGGCGCCGCAGGAAGCCCUUCGGGCCGCGGGGGGAGCUGAAGAAGGCCGGCGGCAAGGCGCACCGGGAGCGCCGCGUCUAUCAGUGCCAGUACUGCGACUACAGCACCGGCGACGCCUCGGGCUUCAAGCGCCACGUCAUCUCCAUCCACACCAAGGACUACCCACACCGCUGCGAGUACUGCACCAAGGGCUUCCGACGGCCCUCCGAGAAGAACCAGCACAUCAUGAGGCACCACAAGGACAUGGUGCCCACGGACUGAGGGGGCCGGCCCGGCUCUCGUGCUCCUGUUGGGAACGGGGCGGCCCGGCCCGGCCCCGUGCCGACUCGCGCGCGGCGCCGAGGGCCCUGCCCCAUGAGCUGCCCGCUGACAGGGCCUCAAGCAUUACACAGGGUCGAUCCGAGAUCGCAGAGAGAGCACUUAGCUGGCUUCAAGUGUUUUGCACCUUAAAAGAUCCCCGUUUUUUUUGUUCUCCCCCAGGGUUGUUGACUCGAAUUGAAAUGAAUUACCUCUCGGUGCGGGUAUAUCUCACUGAAACCCUCCGUGACUUUCUUUGCUCCGUUGUUUCCCAUGCUUCUUAGUUCUUUCUUCUUCUCCCUUAUGCCCACCGCUGUUGUUGAUAUGUUAACGUGUUAAGUAUGAACAUAUGUGUCUUUGUGUAGAUUAUAUAUAUAGUGCUCACAGAAGUAGAGGAUGUUGACAGAUUCUUUUUAGUUGUGAUGUCAGUUUUGCUCUCCCCGUGGUGGGGAAGUAGUGGGUUCCCCGGUGGUCCCACUUCACGUGGGUCGUUCGUCUUGUAUACAGCGGGCCGACCACAGAUGCGUUGGGGGCUUAUUUUCCCACCCAGGUGUGCGCUGAGGGAAGUGCGCGUGGAGACGGCCCACAGAGAGGGUUUGUGCGGUGGGUUUGCAGCAGCCUGCACUUUCCAGAAGUGGAAAGGCGAAAGGCAGCUGGCACGUUGUGCCACAGUCUGUCGUUGUCCGGCUGUAGAGUCAGCAGGAACAAACUGGCGCUGUGACUGAUCUGCUGAGCGGGGCUCCUUGAAUCCAGGAUCCACGAGCGCUCAGCGGAGUUCUGAGGGACAGGUUCUGUUGCCUGUGGUCCGCUGAUAUAGCCGCACGUGCACAGGCUGAUGCAGGCUGUAGCGAUGCUGAGCAUUGCAACGGCGGUCACGCCUGUGCUCUCUGGCGCGUCUCACUUCACAGCGCGCUGGCCAUCUCGUACGACUGGACAGACCCCCGCCAGACCCCAGCACUGAAUCCACAUGACCGGUGAUCCCGUGACCAACAGAGCUGACUCUCACGUCUGUGAGGGCAACUUUGCAGAUGUCCGCAGUCAGGACACUGGAAGCUUUUGAGUGUUCCUCUGUCCUCUCUUCGUUCUCCGAAUCGAACAGUGCUCUGGCCUGCUUCCAGACAUCCGACUUGCACCCAGACCCUGACGUGACCAGUGACGCCUCCUGACCUCCCCUGUUGAACAUCUCUGAGAACCGUGGCGGAUGGGUUCAAGUUCAAGCACCUCCCAUGCGGGACCUCCAGAAACGGGGGUCUGCCUGCCAGAGGGGUGCAGCUGGAGCUCAUCAGGAGCACGAGGUGUGGCUGCUUCAGUUGCGCUCUCUCGAAGUUGUAGGAUUUCGUGGGAAAGUUGGCCUAAAACCAGCUGGUCAUGUGGCUUCCAGUUUGAUUUGAUUGCUUUAGUGGAGCGAUCACUUUAGUAGCUGGAGUGGGAUGUUUCGGUUCUUUCAUCUGUGCUGUGCUGUGCUUGUGAUUGGCUAUUGCAUUAUUUUGCAAGGACUAGAAGAGAGAAUGUCAUUGAGGCGGUCUUCUCCAGUAGGUCUUUGAAAUUUGUUUGCCUUUUGUUUCGGAUGAAGUGGGUUGUUUUUAAAAGCAAAAUGAGAAGCUGUCUACUCUGCAUUUCCCAGGAUUCCCUUGUGUAGUGAACAGCAUGUCACAAAUUCUGUUUCAUGCUUAAAGGGGAACUUGAGGUCUUGAAAUAGAGCAGUUAUUUUAAAUUUGGUGGGUGGGCAUUGACUCUUGUUUUGAGCUGUAGAAGUAAAUGGGGGUCUUGCACUCCUGUGUUUUAUGCCUCUCUUCCAAUAUAUUUCAGUCUACGUUUUGAGCACAUCUUACUUUGCCAACACAUUCACAUAGCUCUGUGUUUCCUGGACAUCCAAACACUGAGAUUUGGCUUUGUGAAUGAAGAACCCCUUCAUGUCUGAUUAAAAUUAGAUUUGAAAUAGUUUUAGUUUGCAUCCCCUUAGGUUGUUCUGACAUGUUUGCAGUAAAGUUUUUCUUCCUCGAGAGCCGACGCCCUCACUGGAUGACCUCGGGGACUCUCUACAAUGUGAAUAACUCCACGGUGGUGUGCUGUCUGCAGCAGCGAAAACAAAACGCUGUUGUGUGUGAUUGUUUAGUUGCAGUGUUGGACCCAGUGUUCCCUAGUUUCAUAUUUUCAUAAUGUGUAUAUACAUGCUGGCUUUUGGUGUGGGAAUGUUUUGGAUUGUAUUGGGGGGGAGUAAGAAUAAGAAAUUUUACUUGAUAUAUAUUUUAAGAAAUGUUAAUUGUUGACAUUAAAUCUGUUUAUAAAGGCAGUUCUGUUAAAGUUCUCUGAGUGAUCUGGUGGGUGAAUGAAUGUGUGUGGCUUGAAAUUCACUGGGACACGUUCUUGUAAAGCUCACUCUGCCUUCCAUACUGCCAUGACAUUACACGAACUGUAUUAAUGCUGAGCAGGCACUUACUUUUUUUUUGCAAGCUGCACAACCGAUGAAUUCCUGAUUUCAGCUGGCAGCUAGAAUGUGUGCUUCAGUAAUAUACAAAAAAAACAUCUUUGUAUGAAGUGGCUGGAGGGCUUCCUGACCCCAGACAGCUGCUUGGAGAGGCAGAGCUCUGCUCAGGAGGGGGCUGCAGGUUUGAGUGCUCUGAACAAAGCAAGAAGAUAAAAAUGGCAGAUGAUGAUCCCCAAGGCUGCAGAGGCCUUGGGUGUGUAGGAAGUGUGUGUGUAGGAAGCAGUAGGUGCCUGUCAGCUCUGCACCCUCACAUUUCCUGCUUCCAAUUCCCGGUUGGGAAGGCCGUCUGUGUGGAGUCUGCGUGUUCUCCCCUGUGUCCAUGUGUGUUUUACCCAGGUGCUCUACGUUUCUGCCUGCCUGCCUCCCAGAGACAUGCUGGGCUAGUGUAACUGGCAUCCCCAGAGGCUCCCUGGGUCUGUGUCCACUCUGUGCCAUGCCAGCGUCCCUUCCAGAGCACGAGCCCGCCUUGGGCCGCUUUUCCUUCCUCAGUAUAAGCGUGCAAGCCAAAACUUUUCUGUGCUAGCUGUGCUACACGAGUAUUUACACCAGCCGUCUGGAACAAAAUGUGCUGCACACAGGUCAUAUAACUUAGCAAUUCAUUUCAAAUUGCCUAGGAGGAUGGUGGUUGCUCAGCACUUAAAAAUACCUUAAUUUCCUGCUGUUUCCUUUUUAUAUUUUUUUUUAGUUUUCAUUUGUGUUGGUUCACCUUUUUAACUAGGGUAUAUAAGUUAUUGUUUUGUACACAGAUCCUCUUAAAAUGUUCUCUAUAGGUGUAUGCUUUUAAGACAAAGCCAGAACUGUGUAAUUGUAAUGGAUGUAAUUGAUAUAUUUGUAAAAGAGAAAAAUUGUAUAGAGAAAAGCAAAUAAAGUUCAGAGUAUUUUUC